AUGCUGAAGACAGAAGAUGAUGAAGAAGAUGAUCUGAAGCCAGAACCUCAAUCCAUUCAAAAACCUCAAAAAGCUAACAGGACAGAGAAUGGACCAAGCGCAGGCUCUCAGAAGAUAAAAAAGGAGAAAGGAGAUGUGAGAGAGCAUUGUAGUGGUGGGAAGGAGUGGCCCUGUCUGCAGUGUAAUAAGAGCUUUAGUGCGGAAAGAUACCUGAAGACGCAUACGAAAGUUCACGUCCACGAGAAGCUAAGAGAGCAGCAAAGUGGCAGUGUGAAAAAAUCAUACGUAUGUACAGAGUGUGAGAAGACGUUCAGUCAAGCCGUUUACUUGAGGAUACACCAGAGAAUUCACACAGGUGAGAAACCAUACUCUUGUAUGGAGUGCAAGAAGAGUUUCAGACAAAUGGCCACCUUAAAGGUUCAUGAGCGAAUUCAUACAGGGGAAAAACCCUACUCUUGCACUGUGUGCCAUAAGCCUUUUAGAUUUUUGGGUAACUUGAGAAAACAUCAACGUAUUCAUUCAGGGGAGAAACCUUUUUCUUGCUCUGAGUGUGGGAAACGUUUCAGAUUACAGGCAAGUUUAAAAUUGCAUAAGCGAGUUCACACAGGCGAGAGACCGUACUCUUGCAAAGAGUGUGGGAAAUCUUUUUCUUCCUCUGGUGACCGUAGAAAGCAUAUGACGAUUCACUCAGGAGAGAGGCCACAUGUCUGUACAGAAUGUAAGAUGGCAUUCAGGAUAUUAAGUAAUUUAAAACUACAUCAGAGGAUUCACACGGGAGAGAGACCACACACAUGCACUAUAUGUCAGAAGUGUUUCAGACAUCCAGGUGCCCUGACACAACAUCUGCGGAUUCAUACAGGGGACAAGCCUUACUCCUGUGAUGAGUGUGCAAAAUCAUGCUGGAGUGAAACCAUUCACUUGCACAGACAUCGGCGAAUUCACACAGACGAAAAACCGUACAUUUGCACUGAGUGUGGGCGCGGUUUUCGUACUUCUGGUAAUCUGAAAAAGCACGAAAGUGUUCAUACAGUGUUUGUGACAGAGAGGAGUUGGGUCAGUGUGUACUCCCUUAUCCACUAA